AUGCUCUUCCAAGCAAUUUCGAUCACCCGGGACAGCAGCCGGCGGCUAAAGAACGAGAAUCCACGAUAUGUGCAGCGGCAGCUGCAGGGGUUGGUCUCAUCCCGCAUUCUGGAGGAUUGUUGGACGCAAUCCAGAGCAUUCCAGAACGAUACCCAAGCCUCACAACCGCUACACUUUUCUUUUUCUGUUCACCUAACAGUUGGAGUCGUUUAUUGUUUAAUUUCUUGGGCUUUGAGACUUCCCAAGCGUGCUCCAAUUGACAAGGGCAUGCUUGUGCUCCUCGCGCCAGUCGCAUUCUGCCACGCGCUUGGCCAUGUUAUGACCAAUGUAUCGUUUGCAUCAGUGGCUGUUUCCUUCACGCACACAAUUAAGUCCCUGGAGCCUUUUUUCAACGCGGCUGCAUCUCAGUUUGUCCUCGGCCAGCAUGUGUCACUUCCUCUGUGGCUCUCACUCCUCCCUGUUGUCCUUGGUGUUUCGCUCGCAUCCGUGACUGAGUUGUCCUUUAACUGGACUGGCUUCCUCACUGCAAUGACCUCAAACAUUGCCUUCACUUACAGAAAUGUGUUCUCCAAGAAAGCGAUGGUUGGAAUGGACAGCACAAAUCUCUACGCUUACAUUUCCAUCAUCUCCCUUCUCUUUUGCAUACCUCCUGCCAUUCUGAUGGAAGGCCCCAAACUCCUUGCUGGGGGGUUCACGGAUGCAAUCGCCAAAGUUGGCAUGACCAAAUUUUUGAGUGACCUGUUCUGGGUCGGAGUGUUCUAUCACUUGUACAAUCAGCUUGCAACAAACACCCUUGAGCGUGUCUCGCCACUUACCCAUGCCGUGGGAAAUGUCCUCAAGCGUGUCUUUGUGAUAGGGUUUUCAAUCAUCAUUUUUGGGAACACGAUUUCACAGCAAACCGGCAUUGGAACAGCUAUAGCAAUAGCUGGAGUGGCUGCAUAUUCAUUCCUGAAGGCGCGGGAACAAGAGAAACGUGCACACUCCUGA